UAAAGAGGUUGAAGCGGACAUCGCUGUCAGUGAUGCUGCAGUUGUUGGCAUUGACGGCUUCGCCGAUGCUAGCGCAGACAAAGAUGAGUCUGCUGGCCCACGCACACAACCCGGUACCACCACAACCACCGAUGACGUCACCAUCAAGCAUCGCUCAGGGCCGUGCCCGGGCAUGCCCUCCAACGCCGAAAGCACCUUGGAGGUCUCGAUUGACGUGAUUAACGGAAUACCAGAUAACAGUUAGAUGGCCGUCGAUGAGAGCGGUAUUUUUUUUACGGGACCACUUCCAAUCGAGAACCAAACGGAAGUUAAUGAGGAAGGCGGGCCUACUACAGACCCCGACACCCGCUUCUAGAAUCAAUGGUGCCGCGCCGUCGCCUCGCAUCAACCACCGAAACCGAAUCCACCGGGAACUACGAUAUCCUGCUAUGGCUUCACCUGGACGUCUACGAGGCAGUCAAUUACAACACCACAUUGGCUGUCAGUGUCAUCGACCUCGGCGCCAUCUUCGGCCAGCUUCUCUCCCUGGUACCGUACAUCCUCCAGCGACCGAGGCUACCUCCGAGCUCCUAGCAAGCGACCCCAUAAGGACGUUUGAGGAGCUACUGGAAGCCGAAGGCCAGCUCAAAAAUGUCCGAUACUCUACGGACAUUGACUCAAGUAUGCUUGCCCAACGGAAAAGGCUUUGUCUCCCGGCCACCUCUCCAAUUUGGCCCCUCGGAACCGGUGACAGCCGGUUUGACAACUUGCCAGCACAAAUUCCUGGCAUACACACACCGAUGACAUACAUUUCCGACAGCGAAUUCUACUGGGAGAGAUGAAAGCAUGCCUGAAGAACAAAAACCCACACCCGCAGCCGCACUUGAAGCACAUCAUAGCACUGGCCAUUUCGCUUUAUGGCGACGCUCACACCAUCUCAGUACAACCGCUGCUGCGUAGAACUCGCCACUGCCUAGUCGGUCAUGUCCAGCCCAACGGCACAGUCAUCGAGCGCCCCCGCAUGGUUUAUGCGGCCUUCAAG